UUUGAACGUGAUUUCUUUAAACUGUUGAACAACGCUGUGUUCGGGAAAACUAUGGAAUGCGUUCGAAACCGUAUUUCCAUAGAAUUGGUGUCCUGUCCCCGACGAAUGCGUAAACUCAUAAACAAGCCCACCUUCAAACACGUUACCACAUACACUGAGAAUCUGGCCGCCGUAUCCUUGCAAAUGAGUGACAUACGUUUCUUCAAGCCUAUAUACGUAGGGUUCGCCGUCCUGGAAAUAAGCAAGGAGUUAAUGUAUGAUUACCAUUACAAUGUGAUGCGGCGGCACUAUAACGAUUCGAUUAGACUGUUGUACAUGGAUACAGACUCCCUGAUCUAUCGAAUCCAUACGGAGGAUUUCUACAAGGACCUGGUGGACAACCCCGCACUCCUCGAACGUAUGGACACCUCGAAUCUCCCCGUCACCCACCCCUGCUACGUCGGUACGCGUAAGAAAAUACCGGGAUUGUUCAAGGACGAAACGGCUGGGCGUACUAUGUACGAAUUCAUCGCACUCCGCGCGAAAUCUUACGCGUACAAAAUCGAGGGGGACGAAAAACUUGUGGCCAAGGGGAUUCGAGAGCAUGUGGUCCGAAAUCACAUGACGUUCGAGGACCACAAGCGCUGUCUGUUCGAGGACGACGACGACGCUGGUGACGGUGACGAAAGCGAGGAGCUAGGCACGGACGACGACGAUUUCGACGACGGUGACUUCGGCGACGACCAUGAGUGGAAGGACGUGGAGAUGAGACGGCGUGCGCGUCUGAUGGCCCGAUCGGUCGUCGACACGAUACACGGGAAUGCCGCGGCAGCUAGCACCGCCGCCAUUGCCGGCGUGAAAUUCACUCCGAUACCACUUCCCACGUACGCACCGUACACACCGUAUAGGGAAAACGUAUCGAUCCGAUCGUUCGAGCACCGCGUCAAAACGAUUAAGACCAUGAAAAUGACCCUUAAUCGUUUCGACGACAAACGUGUUGUUGCUGACGGUCGGAUUCGUACGCGCGCGUACGGCCAUUACACGCUACGCGCGUGA